CUGAUCGUAGACUUCAAAACCCUGGGUCGGUGGCCGGUGACGCUGCUUUGUCUCUUUUCAUUUCGAUUUGCCUGAUGGCUCUUUUCAGGCGACUCAUUUCGUCCAAGCUUCCUUCUCCAUCAGUCGCCGCUUUUCUUGGCGCCUCCAAAGAAUCGUCUAAUUUGCAUCGUCGCUUCCCGUUCGCUGCCGCCGCUGCCAUCUUCGGUGGCGCCGCCGUCUAUUGUUACUCUUCAUCUCCUACCUUCGUUCAACUUGACAUUGAUAGUGAUGAAUCUUGUAUUGCAUUGAAUCCUGAAAAAUGGUUGGAAUUCAAGCUUCAAGAAACUGCAAGGGUCAGUCAUAAUAGUCAAUUGUUCAGGUUCUCAUUUGAUCCUACUGCCAAAUUAGGUCUUGAUGUUGCUUCUUGCAUUCUUACACGGGCUCCAAUUGGAGAAGAAUCAGACGGACGGAGAAAAUAUGUCAUUCGUCCGUAUACUCCCAUAUCAGAUCCUGACUCAAGAGGCUACUUUGAUUUAUUAAUCAAGGUGUAUCCUGAGGGGAAAAUGAGUCAACAUUUUGCAAGCUUAAAGCCAGGAGAUAUGAUUGAAGUUAAAGGGCCAAUUGAGAAGCUCAGAUAUAGCCCCAAUAUGAAAAGGAAUAUUGGAAUGAUUGCAGGGGGCACUGGUAUCACACCAAUGCUGCAGGUUGUAAAUGCAAUUUUGAAGAAUCCUGAUGACAACACCCAGGUAUCCUUAAUCUAUGCCAACAUAUCGCCAGAUGAUAUUCUACUGAAAAAUGAACUUGACAGACUAGCUGCUAGCUAUGCAAAUUUUAAGGUAUUUUACACUGUGGAUAAACCUAACAGAAAUUGGCGAGGAGGUAUAGGAUAUGUAUCGAAGGACAUGGUCUUGAAAGGCUUACCCAGUCCAGGGGAAGACACAUUGAUACUUGUAUGUGGUCCCCCAGGUUUGAUGCAGCAUAUAUCUGGAGAUAAGGCAAAAGACAGAUCACAAGGCGAGCUCACAGGGAUACUCAAGGACGCGGGAUACACAGAAGAUAUGGUUUACAAAUUUUGAAUGAAAUAAUGUUGGAUUUAUAACAUGCAUCCUUUCCAAAUUCCACUUGAUAUAGAUUGUGAAGAGAAAUAGCAAUCUAGUUCCUUUUUAUUUUCGAUAUCUGGAAAUCUGUGGCAUUUACAAACUACGGAUGCGUUUAUUUGUACUAAAUAAGCUGCGUACUAAUCAAAGUUUGUUGAUUUGAA